AAAAUGGCCCAAGCUACGGCACCCACAACGUCCAUCCACGAUGAGGACCCCUUGGAAAGCAGAAUGGUGGUUAAGUUUCUCGUGUCGGCACUUGAGUCAAUGUGUAAAGAACUUGCCAAGUCCAAGGCAGAAGUUGCCUGUAUUGCUGUAUAUGAAACAGAUGUGUUUGUAGUUGGAAGUGAGAGAGGAAGAGCCUUUGUCAAUUCUAGGAAAGAUUUUCAGAAGGAUUUUGUUAAAUACUGUGUUACAGAAGAGGAGAAGGCUGCAGAGCUGCAGAAAACAAAGACUUUAUCACCUGUAAACAGACCAACAGUAGAUAUUGUGGAACUGGAAGCUCUCAGGAAGUCUGUGGAGGACUUUUUCUGCUUUUGCUAUGGUAAAGCUUUAGGAAAGUCAACAGUAGUCCCAGUGCCAUAUGAGAAGAUUCAUCUAGACCAGUCUGCUGUGGUAGUUCAGGGCCUGCCUGAAGGACUUGCAUUUAAACAUCCAGCAAAUUACGAUGUUUCGACUCUGAAGUGGAUUUUGGAAAAUAAGUCAGGGAUCUCAUUUAUCAUCAAAAGGCCUUUCCUAGAGCCAAAGAUACAACUAGGUGGAAGUUGCCCUCCUAUUCAAGUAAAAACGGAACCAAAUGAGGAUUCCGGAAUUUCUUUGGAAAUGGCAAUGGCAACAGUGAAAGAGGAAUCAGAGAAUCCAGAAUACUAUCAAUGUAAUAUUCCAG